GAAAACAUGUAAAAAAAGUUUAAUUUUUAACAUGCUCCUCCUGAGCGUCUUGUGAUUCUAAUAGAGAGGAGGCACGGCACUGCAGAAUGUCAUCUCUAUGGGAAAACUGGCCACUCUCAAGCCAAAAGUCAUCCGACACAGACUUAUUUACCGUUUGGUGUAGCUUAUAGUGUUCACACUAUACAGGAACAUGUCAAACCCAGAAGUGGCUGUUGCGACUGUCGGCCCUUUAGGAGAGAAUCCAGCUCAGAUUAUGUGCACGAAGUGCCAUCAGACUGUCGUCUCUGAGGUGAAAUAUUCCUCUGGAUUACUCACCUACCUUUUCUGUGGAGGACUUUUCUUCUGUGGGUUUGUGUUCGGAUGCUGCCUCAUCCCGUUCUGCGUGGACAGACUGAAAGAUGCCAAGCACACCUGUCCCAUCUGCAAGACCGUCCUGGGAGUUUACAGACGCUUAUAGCCGCCGCCGCAGCUCUACGCUGGCGGCUCAUUGAUGCGUCAUCUAAUCCUAUAUGAAACUAAUUUGUAACAACUUUUUUUCUUUCUAAUCAACAGAGAAUUUUAGAUGGUGUUAAAUGCUUGUCCUUUUUAUAUUCUUAUCUGAGCAACAAUUAAACAAUGUGAUAGCUACAAAUGUUCACUCUUUCGACCGCAAGUAAACCGGGCCAAUGAAUGG